AUGUUUAGUAAUACACAUAAGGGUAUUCGCAUUUUAUCAAAUAGGAUUCAAGAUUCAGAUUCGAUUCAACAAAUCCAUUUCGAAUCCAUAAAAGGUCGAAUUCGGAUGCGCUCAAUGCGGAUCCGUUAUUAUAAAGAGAUCUCUCACAAACUCAUAAAGGAAGACCCCAGAUUUCCAG